AUGUCCAAGAAGCUUCAAAUGGGGGGGCCUAAGCAGGCUAAGGGUGCGGCCGACGACGGCAAGAGUGACGUCGCUGGCGCAGCGGGCAGCGCGGUGACGGAGAGCGCCAUCGCGGUCUCCUACGACGACCAGAUCCGCCCGCUCCUCGACGCGGUGGACCGGCUGCGCCACCUCAAGGUGACGCAGGAGGGCAUCCAGCUGCCCACCAUCGUCGUCGUCGGGGACCAGUCCAGCGGCAAGUCCAGCGUGCUCGAGUCCCUGGCCGGCAUCAGCCUGCCGCGCGGCCAGGGGAUCUGCACGCUCGUUCCCCUCGUCAUGCGCCUGCAGGACGACCCCUCCGCGGACUCGCCCAAGCUCCAGCUCGAGUACAGCAACGGCCGCGUGGUGACCACCACCGAGGCCAACGUCGCGGAGGCCAUCAACGCCGCCACCGCGGAGAUCGCCGGGAGCGGCAAGGGUAUCUCCGAUGCGCCCAUCACGCUCGUCGUGCGCAAGCGCGGCGUGCCCGACCUCACGCUCGUCGACCUCCCCGGCAUCACGCGCGUGCCCGUGCAGGGGCAGCCCGAGGACAUCUACGACCAGGUGGCCAAGAUCAUCAAGGAGUACAUCGCCCCGAAGGAGAGCAUCAUCCUCAACGUGCUCUCGGCCACGGUGGACUUCCCCACGUGCGAGUCCAUCCGUAUGUCGCAGCAGGUGGACCGCACCGGGGAGCGCACGCUCGCCGUGGUCACCAAGGUCGACAAGGCCCCCGAGGGCCUGCUUGAGAAGGUCACCAUGGACGACGUGCACAUCGGCCUCGGCUACGUCUGCGUCCGCAACCGCAUCGGGGACGAGACGUAUGACCAGGCGCGCGUUGAGGAGGAGAGGCUGUUCAAGUACCACCCUCUGCUGUCGAAGAUCGGCAAGUCCAUGGUCGGCAUCCCCGUCCUCGCCCAGAGGCUUAUGCAGAUACAGGCCACCAUCAUCGCCAAGUGCCUCCCUGACAUCGUGAAGCAGAUCAACGACCGCCUCAGCCGCAGCAGCGCGGAGCUCGACCAGAUGCCACAGGAUCUGAACAACGUCGCCGAUGCGGUCAGGGUGUUCUUCCACAUCGUCAAGCAGGUCUGCAACUCACUCGAGAAGGUGCUGGUCAGGGGCGACUUCGCUGAGUACCCUGACCAGCGCGAGUUCCAUGGCACGGCGCGCAUCGCCGAGAUGCUGAGUGGAUAUGCAAAGAGUCUGCCCGCUCAGUGCCCGACGAACACCAAGGAGCCGUUUCUGAUGGAGGAGGUGCGCAUCCUCGAGGAAACGAAGGGCAUCAAUCUCCCCAACUUCCUGCCGAGAUCAGCGUUUCUGGUCCUGCUCAAGAAGAAGGUGGAGACCAUUGAUCAGGUGCCUCAAGACCUUGUCAACGGCGUGUGGGAGUACGUGGAGGAGCUGGUGAUGAAGGUUCUCCUGAAGCACUCCGACAACUUCCCGCAGAUGCAGUCGCCCUGCCGCCGCGCCGUGCAGACCCUGAUGGACAAGGCGCGGCUGCGCUCGGAGCAGCACGUCAAGGAGCUGAUCGCGAUGGAGCUGGUGGCGGAUUACACCGCCAACCCCGACUACAUGAAGACAUGGGCCGAGAUCAUGGAGGGCUACGAGAAGUUCAUGGAGGCGGUGGAGGACAAGUCGAAGCCGACGAGGAUCACCCUGGAAGGCUUUGGCGAGGUGGACGUGUCGCAUCUCAGGGUGUACGCUGACUUGGCAGGGAAGGCGUUCGACCUGAGGGCGCGCCUGACCGCGUACUGGAAGAGCAUAGUGCUGAGGCUCGUUGAUGGCCUGGCACUGCACGUCCUUCUCAGCGUCAAGCUGCUGGUGGAGAAGGACCUCGAGGAGGAGCUCGGCAACGAGCUGCUGAGCAACAAGUUCGCCGGGGUGGAGAAGAUGCUCGCGCCGUCGCCGAGCACCGGAACGAAGCGUGAGCGCCUCAAGAAGAGCAUCGUCCUGCUUCGUCAGUCCAAGGAGGUCGUUGCCAAUAUAAUGGACAGGAUUAGCGCGGCGGGUGAAAUCUAA